CCCAUCUGUCGAUCUCAUCGCCGCGAAAGAAACCUAUACCGGAGAUUUGGUCCUCCGACCUCCCUCGCUCCUCUGUUCUCCCUUGCUCGCCAUGGUGGAUUCUCCGCGCAGGAGAGAACGUUAUAGGUCAAGGUCACCGCCCAGGUCUAGAUCUAGGGGUCGGUCUCAAUCUAGGUCUCAAUCUCCUAUUCACAGAUCUCGAUCUCGAUCAAGAAGCCGUGACAGGCCUAAUGCAACAAAUCCUGGAAAUACACUAUAUGUGACGGGUCUGUCCAGUAGAGUCACAGAAAGGGACCUUGAGAGUCACUUCUCAAGGGAGGGAAAGGUGUCUGAAUGUUAUUUAAUUGUCGAACCACGUACACGUGUUUCUCGAGGAUUUGCAUUUGUCACGAUGGAUACAGUUGAAGGUGCUGAUCGUUGCAUCAAAUAUCUCAAUCAGUCAGUUUUGGAGGGCCGAUAUAUCACUGUUGAGAAGUCGAGGAGGAAAAGGGCACGAACACCUACACCUGGAAACUACCUUGGGUUGAAGAACCCCCGAGAUACCAUUCGCUUUGAUCGUGGAAGGUAUCGUGGAGGCCAUAGUCGUGAUGAUUAUGAUGGUGGGUACCGUAGAUCUCCAAGGCACUCACCCUAUCGAGGUGGUCGUGAUUAUUCUCCCCAUCGGUCACCAUAUGGUGGUCGGCCAAGAAGGGAUCGGUCAAGGUCUCCUCGUCGUUCUCCAGAUAGGGGCUAUGGCCGUCGUGCAAAUGGAUAUGCCAGGUAAACAUGAUGUGGGUUAUAUAUUAUGAUUAGGAUCUGCAACUGUUUUUAUAUUCUUGACUAAUUGUGGUGUAACUGAGGAGUCUCAUACUCUGUAGUUCUCCAUAACCUAUGGGUGUGUCUUAUAGCUAGAUUAACCCUGAAAAUGGGCUUUCUUGGCUGGUAAUUAAUGUCCGUGAUGUGAACUCUUUUGCCGAAUAGACAGGUGAUUGUUGAUGUUUUAUUUACUA